AUGAAUAGUGAAUCAUUUGACAUCCCACAACAUAGAGAUGGUCCUACAAAAGAUUGCAAAGGAAAAUCUAAAGUUCGUUACAGCUCUUCUAGCCAAAAGUUGAAGACAGACAUGAAUGAUUGGUCCGAAGAAAGCUCUACAAGUGAGGAGUUUGAUGUAGGACAAAUAUUUUUUUCCAAAAAAGAUUUGUCAAUGAGAUUAAGUGUCUUGGCAAUGAAAAAAAAUUUUCAGUUUGUAGUAAAAAAGUCUACAAAAGAGGUUCUCUUUGUUAGAUGCAUUGACAACAAGUGUGGUUGGAGACUGCGAGCGAUGAGAUUGAAGGAUUCAAAUAUAUUUAAGAUUAAAAAGUAUGUCAAAGUUCAUUCGUGUUCUCUUGACGUUUUGAAUCGUGACCAUAGGCAAGCAAAAUCUUGGGUUGUUGGAGAAUUAAUAAAGUCAAAGUUCAAGGGAGUCGGUCGUCUAUACAAACCACGUGAUAUCAUAGAAGACAUGAGGCAAGACUAUGGCAUAAAUAUGAGUUAUGAAAAAGCAUGGCGCGCUAGAGAAAAUGCGUAUGAACGAGUGCGCGGGUGUCCUGAAGAGUCAUAUAAUCUAUUGCUUAGAUAUGGUGAAGCUCUCAAACUUGCAAAUGUAGGUACAAUAUUUCACAUGGAACUUGAAGAUAAUCGUUUCUUCAAAUAUCUUUUUAUGGCUGUUGGUCCAUGUGUUCGAGGAUUCUUAAACUGCAUUAGACCGGUUAUAGUCAUGGAUGGAACAUUCCUUAAGAACAAAUAUCGGGGUCAGUUGAUAGUUGCUGUUUGCUUGGAUGGUAACAAUCAAAUUUAUCCUCUUGCCUUUGGAGUGGACAGAGAAACAGAUGCUUCAAUACAGUGGUUCUUAGAGAAAUUGAAAGGUGCAAUAGGAGAGGUGCCUAAUCUAGGCUUCGUGACAGAUCGAAAAACAUGUUUUUCUAAGUGUAUUGCAUCGGUUUUUCCCUCCGCAUUCCAUGGACUUUGUGUCCAACACUUGACUCAAAAUUUGAAUGAUAAAUACAAGAAUGACACUAUAGCUACUUUGUUUUACAAUGCAUCUAGAACAUAUCGUGAAUCAACGUUCUCAGAAGCGUGGAGAAGUAUUCUUGCAUUUCCUAAUGAUUCAGGAAAAUAUUUAAACGAUGUUGGAAUAACACGUUGGUCUCGUUUUCACUGUCCAGGAAGACGAUAUAAUAUGAUGACAACAAAUAUAGCAGAGUCCAUGAAUUCUAUACUGAAAGAACCUAGAGAUUUGCCUAUUGCUUCAUUCCUUGAACAUGUUCGAGCUUUGCUACAACGUUGGUUUUGGGAGCGUCGAGAAGAAGGCAUUAAAGUGUUUCAAUAUAGUCGACAGCAUUGA